AUGAUGGCCUCAGACAACCCAGGAAUACCAGAAACACUCGCCCUAAGACCCUCACCACUCAACAUCCCAGAACUCCUCCACCAAAUAUUCUACUUUUUCGACGACUUCGAGCUCACCCGCCACGUUCUCCCCGUUUGUCGUCUCUGGUUCCUCCUCAACCAACACCUUAUCGCCCGAGAAGCCCACUUUGACGAGACGCAACCCUCAGAGGAACUGGAACAGGUCAUUUUGGGCCUACCAUGGGCGACUCGACUGUGCUGGGGUGGAGGUGUGAUUAGGAAGGCGACUCGUGUACAACAGCGACGAUACCGGCGACAGGUGACUGCAGUUUUGAAGGACAAGCACGACGACUUUAUGGAUAAGCGCUUCUUGCGCUUUCGACCUGUUAAGGGGGACGGAAUGGUUGUCGGCAACCAUCAUAUUGGUGAAGGAGGGUUCUAUAGAUAUGGGUCUGGGGGCUUGGACGGGUUGGUACAGGGAUCGAAGGCUCCCCUGCGUGAGCUCCUGGUUUGUGGGAGUAUCUCCUACUUGGCGCGCGUAGAGCCUCUCCUUCCGCUUCUUUCGACCCUGCGACGACUCGAACUGCGGUUUGCAAGCGGAUAUCUCGACUUGAAUGUGCUGUUCAGAGGAGCACCGUCACUGGAGGCUCUCGACAUCCGAUGCCACGCCACCCUCAUCGGAGAUCUCUGGGGCAAACUCUUCAAUCAAUUCCGAGGAGAACAGCCCUUAUUACUGCGUUCCAUCAUCUUUGGACAUGUCCAAUUCCCACAAGCAGGCGUCGAGGCCAUGGUAUCGAUGUCACCUCAGCUGCGAGAGUUGGUGCUGUUUGAUAUCGCGAUGACGAACUACUCGUGGACCGGUAAAAAGACUCGAAACUUUCCUUUGAAGUUGUUGGACCAUAUUCAAUCGCUGUCCCUGCCGCUGGAAAGGCUUUACAUUUCAGACCGGGAAGAUCCCAUGACGCCCGAGUUCUUGUCUCAUCAGCUGAAGAUUUGCCCACUCAAGGGCGAGUUCUUCACGUGGGACUUGACUCUCGACGUUAUCCAGGUCAUCCAGCAGAUACCAAACAUCAUCACCACCCUCGAAAUAGCAGCACCAGGACAAUGCGGACUGGACAGCACCCUCCACAAUUACCUUUGCUCCUCCCCACAUCUCCUGCAUCUCCGAGCUCCCAAGAUCGAGUACCAAGUCAACCGCAUGGAUUUCCAUCGCCGACUGUCAGAUACCAACACAACAAGGUUCCACCGCUUCCCUGCCCUAGGUCAACCCCAGAUCUGGGCCUGCUCCAACCUACAAACCCUCCACCUCGGGAUCUACUCUUUUGGCGAUUCACCACCCCUGGACCCAACCUUCAACGAACAAGGCCGAGUCCUAUUUGGAUAUAUCCCUAGGGUGACCCCUCGUCUGCAAGAGCUGUGUCUCAACUUAUCACCACAUCUAUCGUCGAAUGGCGCCUCGCCACGACUUUGCCUCGAGUCUGGGUUGUGUCUUUUGACAAAGCUGACGAGGUUGGUGAAGUUGCGUGUUGCUGGGGAGUUGACGCGGCAGGUGAACGUGCCGGAAGAUAUCGAGUGGAUGUUGCAGAGUGGGCAUAGUUUGGAGAUGCGAGCGAGACGACGGACUAUUGUUGCGGGCUGGGAUGCGCAGAUUGAGGAAGAGGCGAGAAAGCUGGAUGUCCAACAACUGGAACUGCAUCAGCAACAGGAAGAUGUUCAGCAGCAGCAGGAGCAGAAUGGCGACGGUCAACAGCAACAGCAGAACGGUCACCAUCCACAGCAGCAACAUAUUGGUCCGCAACAACAACAGAAUGGUCAGCACCAAGAGCAGAACGGUCAGCUUCAACAGCAACGUCAGAAUGGCCAACAACAACAACGACAGCAGCAGCAGCAGCAGCAGCAGGAGGAGGCACCCGUUAUUUCUAGCGAACUGGCAGAGCAAUUACAAAACCUAGGCCGACUGAAGGAUGUGAUGAUGAUGAUCGAGGAGAUGGAUUCCAAGGAAGGGUUCCCGUACUGGUCUGAACUGAGAAGAGUCUCCCUCUUUUCUGACAGCGAGUUUGGAUUACCGGUCGAGCGCGAGUGUCAGAUGGAGCUCGCUCGUCUGGCAUAG